AUGCCUUUGAGGUAUACCUAUGGCAAGAUCGUUGAUGAUGUUCGGGAACAGGGGUUAUGUUACAAAGGCACAGAAGAACAAAGCCCUUGCUCGUGCUGCGCCACCACUGUAAGACGACGUCAUUGUUUUGUUUUGCUGCCGCGCCACCAUCUUUUCCAACAAUCAUCGCUCACUUUUCCUAACUUGGAACCCUUCGAUUUGGAGUACCAAAGUUCUCAUUUUUCAGGUAAGGUACUUGGUCUGUUUAUCGUCUCCUUUUUAAGCAAUACUCUGACUGUCAGCAGUGUUGCUGAUAUAUUGGUAAUUGAUUUUGAUGAUUGGCUGUAUACAUGUUCGGUUUCCUUGACGUGUCCUGGAAAAUUCCUUAUCUUCAUGUUCUUAGAUAAUGGUACUGGUGAUCAGCAUGCUAAGAAAUCUGAGUCUCCUGAGGAGUAUGGGAAGUUUGGUGAAAAUCGUGCUAGAUAUGGCCAAUUUGAUUCCAUCCUUGAAAAGAUUAAACAACGGGGAAUGGCUCGACAGAGACCUGGUUCAGGAAAUGGUGCUAGUUCUGAGAUGAUGCAUCUUUUUGAAGAGAGUCAUGACACAUUAUUAGAUGGAAUGGAUGUAAAAUUGAAGAAUGCUGCCACAUACUUUGAAGUUGAUGAGGAAGAAAUAAACAAAGAGGAUUAUGUUUUUCGAUAUGAUGCCAAUUUUCCAAUUGAUUCAAAAUAUGAUGUAAAGCAUGCUAACAAGUCUGAGUCUCCUGAGGAGUUUGGGAAGUUUGGUGAAAAUCGUGCUAGAUAUGGCCAAUUUGAUCCCAUCCUUGAAAAGAUGAACCAACGGCGAAUGGCUCGACAGAGACCUGGUUCAGGAAAUGGUGCUAGUUCUGAGAUGAUGCAUCUUUUUGAAGAGAGUCAUGACACAUUAUUAGAUGGAAUGGAUGUAAAAUUGAAGAAUGCUGCCACAUACUUUGAAGUUGAUGAGGAAGAAAUAAACAAAGAGGAUUAUGUUUUUCGAUAUGAUGCCAAUUUUCCAAUUGAUUCAAAAUAUGAUGUAAAGCAUGCUAACAAGUCCGAGUCUCCCGAGGAGUUUGGGAAGUUUGGUGAAAAUCGUGCUAGAUAUGGCCAAUUUGAUCCCAUCCUUGAAAAGAUGAAACAACGGCGAAUGGCUCGACAGAGACCUGAUGGAAUGGAUGUAAAAUUGAAGAAUGCUGCCACAUACUUUGAAGUUGAUGAGGAAGAAAUAAACAAAGAGGAUUAUGUUUUUCGAUAUGAUGCCAAUUUUCCAAUUGAUUCAAAAUAUGAUGUAAAGCAUGCUAACAAGUCCGAGUCUCCCGAGGAGUUUGGGAAGUUUGGUGAAAAUCGUGCUAGAUAUGGCCAAUUUGAUCCCAUCCUUGAAAAGAUGAACCAACGGCGAAUGGCUCGACAGAGACCCGGUUCGAGAAAUGGUGCUAGUUCCGAGAUGAUGCAUCUUUUUGAAGAGAGUCAUGACACAUUAUUAGAUGGAAUGGAUGAAGAAAUAAACAAAGAGGAUUAUGCUUUUCGAUAUGAUGCCAAUUUUCCAAUUGAUUCAAAAUAUGAUGUAAAGCAUGCUAACAAGUCCGAGUCUCCUGAGGAGUUUGGGAAGUUUGGUGAAAAUCGUGCUAGAUAUGGCCAAUUUGAUCCCAUCCUUGAAAAGAUGAACCAACGGCGAAUGGCUCGACAGAGACCUGGUUCAGGAAAUGGUGCUAGUUCCGAGAUGAUGCAUCUUUUUGAAGAGAGUCAUGACACAUUAUUAGAUGGAAUGGAUCAUGCUAACAAGUCCGAGUCUCCUGAGGAGUUUGGGAAGUUUGGUGAAAAUCGUGCUAGAUAUGGCCAAUUUGAUCCCAUCCUUGAAAAGAUGAAACAACGGCGAAUGGCUCGACGAGACCUGGUUCAGGAAAUGGUGCUAGUUCCGAGAUGA